AUGACUGAAGAUGCUGGAAUCACAAAAUCAAGCUUUGAGUUUUGGCUGCACAAAGCCCUUGAGUGGGGUCAGAUCACCACUCCAGAAUCUCAGCAAGAUGUCUGCCUUCACUUGCCUGAAUUACAGGAAUUUCUACUGCAGAUUUAUGGAGCUUUGAAACAUAUGAAUUGUACGGAUGCAGUCCAAAAGUUUCCAUUAAUCGGUCAAUUAUUGGGGAGGCUUUGUUGGAAUCCGUUUGUCAUUGGGCAUGAUGAAUGCCAGAAGAGUCUAAUGUGGUGCUUAUGUUGUCUGUACAGUGGUGAACCACAGAACCCUGUGGAAUUGAAGGCCAACAGCUGGAUACAAAUCUCAUUGUGCCAUCUCCUGUCACUUUCUGGACUGGGACAUCAUGACAGUGAUAUUAACAACUUCAUUGCAACUCUUGGGUUGACAUCUGCAGAUUACUAUGUGAAACUUGUUGAAAAUGUCAUCUCAUCACUAGUGACAGAACUCAGCAGAAACUGGUUUAAUAGAUUUAAUAGUCAACAAAGUAUUUCUUUGCGAGUAAGAUCCAUGUCCCUUGUCUGUGUGCCGCUUAUUAAUUUACCUGAAAUAACACCACUGCUGGAAGCCCUUCUUAACUAUCAUGGGGAUGGAUCAGAAGAAGUUCUCCAUUGUGAGUUUUUAGAAGUUAUGAAUGAAGCCAUUUUACAAAAAAAAAUCUCCUUGUCUGAAUCUGCUGUGGUGCAGCUGUGGCUUCGUCAUCUUCCUAGUCUGGAGAAAGCUUUGUUACAGAAUUUUGAAAGUUUAAUUUUUGAUCAACCAAGUUCAGUGGAAGAAAUGAUACAUCUGAUAAAAAGUUCUCUAUUGCCCAAAGCUGCAUGUCAUCCAGCCAUCUUCAGAACUAUUGAAGAAUUUUUUAAGAAUGCAUUGCUGGAAACCAACGGAGCACCAGAAGUAAUGACUAUAAUGCAAGUGUUUACACGAUGCUUUCAUCAAGCUUACCAAGGGAAUAAUAAUCAGUACAAGUUUCCAUUGAAGGCCUACUUUCCACAUAAUCCACACUCACUGUUGAGAGCUUUCCUUAAACAGCCCUCAGAUUUGCCAGCUGCUGGUUUACAUCAGCAUUUGAUUCAUAUUGCUGAAAUGUUGAAAGCAAUAGUGAAAACUAAAUGUACGAGAUCUUGUGGUGACCUGUUUGAGACCUGGUUUUUGUUCAUCCAUUUUGGAGAAUGGGCUGAUACUGCAGCAGAACAUUUGCUCAUGUCAAAUGCAGAAUCUUCAGAUGCCUUGUUGUGGCUUUUGGCAUUUUACUAUGAUCCAAAUGUUGAGAAUCGCCAGGGAACUCAAACAAUGUUGGAAGGCAGAUCUCUAUGUGAGUAUCUCACAACCUUGUCCAGAACUCCAGCCCUUUCUGCCAGAGAUCUGCAGGCGGCAGUUAACAGCAAAAUAAGCAGAAGACAACCUGCUACCGAGGAACUUGCCGUUCAUCUGAUUAUUAGCUUUCUGCUUUUUACUGCUAAUGGACACACGAUAGCCAGAGAAUUUAUUGCUCAUUUUGCAGUUACGUAUGGUGAAAUCCUCAGAGUUUCUAGUCUUCUUAGCCGUAUUGCAUACAGAAUCAGCCAACUUGAAGUAAAAUAUCAAAGGACUGUAAAGCUGGCGAAUGAUCUUUUGCAGAUACUAAAGUUUGUGGGUUAGUUUUUGUAGUAAUGCUCAAAAAGCUGCUGAUUUUCCCCCCCAUUAGCAUUUCCCCCUAUAUCUGAUGGUGCAGUUUGUUUCUGAAAAGCUACUUAUGUUGUAACAUAUAGAUAAAUUAUAAAUAUCAUUGAAGAUGUUAAUUGUUUAUAUUUCAU